UGAGUUAAUAGGAGGGUUCAAAUAUCGAAACCGCAUCGUGUCCGUGUCCGUGUCCUUAAUUCUGCUUCCAAACUUCCAACUCCCUCUGUUUCUAAUGGUAGCAGUGUAGUGUAUUUCGAUCCAAGGGUUUCCCAGGGUUUAACCUCAAAGAAACCCUAAACCCUAAAUUUCCCAAUUUCUUCCAUCCAUAUUCCGCUCUGUCUCUUUCUCUCUCUCUUUGUGUCUCAUAAUUGCUGACCUCUCUCGUUUGUGCUCUCAGAUCCAAUCACCACCCUCUUAUCACUGGGUUUUUGCUUAGCUAAUACAUAUUGUUAGUGGGAAACGCCGAAAUUGUGAUCUUGACAUUCAACUCAAGUUCUGUGUAAUCUGAGACUCGUUUUUUUUAUUGCGAUUCUUCUCAGAAGUGAUUGGCGUUGCUCGGGGUGUGGUUCUUGGUGGGAUUUGGGAUGCUGAAUUAUAGUGAUUUGGGGAAUGUGUAUGGUUGGGUUUUCAAGUGAUAUGAAGUGCUGAAUAUGAGCAAUGGCGGUGGGAAGACUGGAAGACAGCUUGAGCAGCCUGGCCCAUGGAGGAGGAGGAAAGUGGGUGAUGGGGAUGACUUUGCCAGGGGAAUUGCGAAGAUUGCGGUAGCGCAGGUGUGCGAAAGCGAGGGGUUUCAGGCUUUUCAGCAGUCGGCUCUUGAGGCGUUGUCUGACGUUGUGGCUCGGUACAUUUUUAACGUUGGGAAAUCGGCACAUUGCCAUGCUAAUCUUGCAGGAAGAACUGAAUGUCAUGCUUUUGAUGUCAUUCAAGGGUUGGAAGAUAUGGCAUCAGUGCAGGGAUUUGCAGGUGCUUCUGAGGUGGACCAUUGCCUUGAAAGUUCAGGUGUUAUUAGGGAAAUUUUUCAUUUUGUUAACGAGGGUGAACCGGUUUUGUUUGCGCAUCCUAUUCCUCGGUUUCCAGUUGUGAAGAAACGGGUGCUUAAUCCAAGCUUUUUGCAAAAAGGAGAAGAACCUCCCGGCGAUCAUAUUCCUGCUUGGUUGCCUGCCUUCCCUGAUCCGCAAAAUUAUUCACAGUCACCAGUGGUGAAUGGAAGGGGUACAGAACCUCGUGCAGUAAAAUUUGAGCAAGAAAGAGAGAAUGGCAAGGGGGAGUGGCCUGUGUUGAAUUUGAAGCAGCAGAUGGUCUCAAAUAUGUUUGACAAGUCUGCCUUGGACCCUGCAGACACUAAGGCAAAAAGAAUAGCAGCAGAAGGUAACCCAUUCCUUGCCGCUCCUUUGAAAAUUGAGGGCAAGGAAAUUGCAUCUGUUCCCCCUGCAGCCAAGGUUUUCAAUGAUGUAGUUCUCGAUUAUCCUGCUGUUGAAAAUUUCGUUGAAAAUGAACCAAUUUUAGCUUUGGAGACAUUUGCUCCAGCAAUUGAAGCAAUGAAAAGCACAUGCUAUGAUUCUAAGGAAGACCAGACAAAAAAAUUUGUGAAUGAGAAGCCUAUUGUGCGUUUUAAGAUUGGGAUAAAAAACAAAUUAUUAGGAAGGUCCAUUGGUUUGAUCCCACAAACAGAGGAGCAUAACAAUACUUUGCCAUGGUUUGCGAUGGAAGAUGAGAAGGAUGACAGGAAAAGGAGGGCAGAGAAAAUUCUAAGGGAAUCCUUGGAAAACCCAGAUCAGCUUGUUCAGUUGUAAACUAGAUUUUUCUUUAACUAGAAUCUGUAUACUUGAUCAGGAGAAUGUCAGGAUAGCUAGUUCUGGGAUAUUCAAAUCUUGGUAACUGUCUGGUUAGGAUGGAUAUUACUAUUUUGCUCUGACAUGUUCUCACUUUAACAAUCUUUCAGGUAUGUGAAUGUCAAUUGUUUGGUAGAUCAA